UAAGUGCGAAGAAGAAGACAAGGCGCGUCGCGGUUGACUUUAGAGUAGGCGCCUAUCUCGGAGGCUCGCGCCCACGCAUGGACCUCGUGGCCAUUGCCCACCAUUUUCGACGAUAGCUGGAGUUAGCCAAGCAUUUCUGCUGUUAUUGUGUCUCCCUUUCCAAGCCCGAGACUUGAUUUCUAAACAAAGGCCAUGUCCGGAGAUGAGGCAUCUGCAAGGUAGCCACCUUUCUGUGGCGUCGCUUGUGCGUGAAGGCCAAGGAAAAAGAAAGAAAGAACGUGCGGCACGAACAUGUUAUUUGGUGCCAACGCGCCAGCGACCGUUAUGCAAUACACGUCUAAUUGCGUGCACUCGUAAACUGGAAGAAAAGAUUCUGACAUCCUGCAUAAUCCUGCACCGCAGCAUUCGCAUUUUUAUCCGCUAUCCACUCGAGGUACCAUACUUUUCCGUGCUCCAUUUACUUCCUGGCCAGAUCUUCCUCUCAUUCCUUUGCCGGUUCGCUCUUGACAUGCCAUGCCAUGGCGCCAGAUGCAAGGAGCCUCCACGGACUUGCUUCAUAUCCCCGCUCCCUCCAAUUGGACUCCUCGCCUCCCCCUCUUAAGCGGGUACUGUGUGGUCCCGAUCACAUCCUAGCGAUCUUUGGGGCAGUCCAGCUUGUCCGUGUCGCCGAUGGUAUCUCCUCUCGCAAGCUG